GAAAGUUCAAAUCAGUCUCGAAGCGGACGCAGCUGAGCGAUUUCGAAGAGGAUUAGGAGUACCAGCUGACGGACGGCUGAGACGUCCUCUGUUCUCUAGAGGCCCAUUCUCUAGCCAUCGCCAACCCUAGACAGAUAUAAGGUGUAUCCUGCAGGCAUCCUAAAAUUAAGAGUCCGUUAAACAGAUAUAUGACCCAAGAGACAUCUUCAGAUAAGGCUUUUGUUGUUAUGGCUGUUGUAAGUGCUCAUUUUAUUUUGCUUCUAGAGCCUAAGGGUUGCUGUUGAAACAUGACAAAUAUCUUUACAUGUUAUUAUUAUAGUGUGAUCUUCAUGGAUCAUUUCUUGUUUCUGGACAAAAGCCAAGGUAAAGAAAGUCGUUAUCAAUCAAAUAAUCCACCCCUCUGGUUCUAGUGUUGUAUAGUAUACUUCAGAGUUCAGUGAUGGUUAUAAGGAACACACUCUUAGUUUUGGGAUUGGAAACCUUAGGGGAGAGGCUCAGAGGAUCUGGAAAAUUCUUAUUGGAGAUUGCCAUAUCAGUUAUGGAUGUUAAAAUGUAUGAGUUGUGUGUUGAUGCUGCAAUCACUGGCAUAAUGACUCCUCCUUUGGCGGAACUCCAGGUGAUUCCUUAAAUAAUUACCCUGCCACUUGAAAAUUUGUUGGAAGGUGCAACUAUUUAUAGGCACAAAAAAGGAAAAAACCAGCAACCCAACAAUAUAUAGUCUUAGGUGAGUUUCUACAGUGUCUGUUAUUUGUGCCCCUUCUAAGCAUAACAAUGGAUAGAAUGGUCAGUAAAAAUUUUUGUAAUUUUCUUUUCGUUUCCACAGCAGAAGCUUCAGGCAGUUGUCUUUCAUCCUCCAAGAAAAUUUUCCUGCUUCCUUUCUCUGAUUUUUAUUUUUAUGUGAAUUAGUUUUAAUGGUGUGUUUUAUGGCAAACAAAUGAUUUUUCUCUUUUUUUCUUUUCUCUUAAAUGAAUUUAAUUUAAGCUCAUUGGUAUUAAUGAGCUUAUAUAUCAUAUAGUUUUAUCCAUAAGCUUUCAUUUAAAUUUUGAAUUGUAUAUACUCUAUUAAUAUAUAUUUUUGCUUAUUGUGGGUAUAUUCUACAUGUAUCCUACAAUUAAGAGUCCAUGGAAGGUGAAACUAAGAGAGAGAUGACCCAAACACACAUCCUCAGAGGAGGUUUCUCUUAUCAUGGCUGAAGCACUUGCUUUUUCUGUUGACUCUGAUAUUCAGCUGCUUCUAUUGUUGGGCCGUCAACGUUGAUAGUCACUAUUGGCGAUAAUGCAGUAAUCUCAGCUUUCAGCCUUUUAGAUUUUCAGAAGAUAGAUGCAGCUCCUUGGUGGGAGUCAUUUUGGCAAAACUUGUCCCUGCUACAUUUUCUUCGAUUGCUUCUUCUUCUAAAAUGAAUGGAAGAAGGAAUGUUGCUGAGUUUGUUCAGUUUGGCAGUGAAUUGAAGACAGGGAGGAAGGUUUGUCGACAACAUGUAUGCUCUACCAACAGAUCUCAAUUGUUUUUGACCGAGUGAAAUCUCAACUUUGCCCUCAAAUCUUGCUCCCAAUUGUCUUCCAAUGGAGGGCUUUUCGAUUUUUCACUAUCACCCACUUACUAAAAAAUUCCAAUUUCA